AUCUCGCGCUGCCUCGGACUGGCCAGUCCUACCUCAAGCCAGGCGUCACCCAACUCGCCAACCCUGUUACCCCGCGCGUCCAACAAAACCCCUCCUUCCCCCACAUUGCUGUCCACGCGACAAGACUGACGCGACGCGCUCUCGCGCUCUGGUCUCGUCUCCACUCUUUCCUUCCUUCCUCCUCCUCCUCCUCCUCCUCCUCCCUCCUCCAUUCCAUUGUCCGCCAUACACCAUAUCUCUCUCUCCCCAGCAGCACUCGAAUUCACACCAACAUCCAGCGACUAGCCGGCUCUGAUUCAUCUGGGAUCUGGCAGCCUCAGACUCAGGCGUCGCUCAGAAUCCCCCAUCGGCCAACGCGCCCGUGUUGACAUGCUCGGCGGCGCGGGCUCGAUCUCGUCCACAUCAACAUCCAUUGGUGUGGACGCGCCGGGCUCGUCGGCAUCUUCAGCACCGCUUUCCCCACGCUCGCCCCCGAGGUCCCCGUCACUCGCAGCAACCCAAAAGCAUCCCCCAUCAUCGCCCCCGACACUCGACUCGAUCGCAACAGCAAAGAGCAGUCAAUACUCGACCUUCCUUCGCACACCUAUCACGCCCAUCAUGACACAUUGCUUCGUGGAUUCGCCCGCAGAAGUAUCAACAUCCUUUGCUGCCUUUCACAGCUUUGUUGCCCAUUCCAGCUCGCUAUCGUCCAUCGACAUUCCUUUAACGCCAGAAGGCAAACCGCCGUCUGCAGCUUGCGGCGAGCGCGGAAUCCCCUCGGGUCCCUCGGACGCUGCGCCGGGCAAGAAGCGCCCCAGUCCAUUGUCACUCCCAGAUGACAACAUUGAGCUUGACGCGCCACUCACUUCCAAGUCCACUGAGAGUAUACUCAGCAGUGAACUGGAACAGCUGAGGCGCUCCGUUCACCAGAACCUCCGCGAACGACCGCUCGGCAUAAGCGUCGAGGACAGCGACUCGGAGUUUGGCGAAGCGGCUUCGAGCGCAGCAAGUACGAGCAGCAGCGCAAUGCUCGAUGGCGACAGGUGCAUCUCGCCGGUAACAGCUUUUGCACAAGUGCGCAGCAGCCCGCAAACACUCGUUGUCGACACGCGACCACGGAAAGACUUCCUGUCGGCCCAUGUCCCGCAUUCUGUUCACUUCUCCAUCCCGUCACUCAUUUACAGCCGCCAGCGAAGACAACUCGACGAGCCGGAUCCUGAGAGUGGCGCAGCCGCCUGGUCUUCCCUAGGAGCGUUCGUGAGCUCGCCGGCAGGCCGUGCGGUUUGGAAUGGUGUCGAUCUCAAGACACAUCUUGACGUGAUAAUCGUUGGCGCCGAUCGUUACGACGAAGCAGCGCCUUGCGCGCUUGCCAACAUUCUCGAACAGAUCGUGUCAACUGGCACUGUGCGCGUCCUCAAGGGCGGGUGGACUGCAGCGGCACCACUUGCAGAGGCUGAAGGGCUUCGCGUCGCACGCAAUCCAGCCGAUGCAUCCUUCAGCGACAGUACGCCCCUGGCGUUGGCUCCCACGGUAUCUCCGCCCGAGGCAGGUUCUGGAGCUUCGACGCCGAUGGCAAUGGCGCUGUCUCCGACCGAACCACCACCAGGCCAUCUCCCUCAGAGUGCGUUCACGGGAGGCGCACCAGCGCCAAGCCAGAUGGGUAAACGCGGAAGCGUCUCCAGCCAGAGUAGCACGAGCAGCAGCAGUAGCGGCGGGUCCUCCUUCAGCCCGAUGCGGCGCAGUCUCCCUCAGCUCUCCCUCAACGCGGGGGCACCUCAGCAGGCGCGUCGUCCGCCACCCAAAUUGAGCCUUAACGUCGGACCUUCCAAUGCAAUGCUCGCUCCCAGCGGAGGGCCUAAGAGGAGUUUCAACGCGCGCGCAUCCAUGCCCGGCAAACUGACGCUGGAUAUCGGCGAAUCGAGCCGCCUCAGUGUCCCGAGCGGGCCAAUGAGCGCUCUGCAGACACAAAGCGGAGCCACUGGUCUUACCCCAACACACCCGUCCGUCCAGGCCAUUAGCGCAGGCCUCACGAGGGCCUCAGGCGAACCGUGGCAAGACAGCCUGCGCUCCUCACUGCCAGCGGGGCACAUCUACCAAGGUGGCUCGUACUCGUCUGGUGCCCCCACACCCUCGGUUCUGCGACAAGGCCCGAUAGAGGUCUCGACUGUUCUCCCAGGAUUUCUCUAUCUUGGGCCUGAAAUCUCGACACGCGCCGAUGUUGAGGUCCUAUUGUCCAUGGGCAUACGGCGAGUGCUCAACGUUGCACUGGAGUGUGACGACGAUGAAGGCCUAGGUCUCCGCACAGCGUUCGAGCGCUACUAUCGCAUCCCGAUGAAGGAUAGCGUGGAGGAAUCAGGUGUCGGCCAGGGAAUACGCGACGCGUGUGAUUUUUUAGACGACGCACGCCUACAUGAUGCGCCAGUGUACGUCCACUGCAAGGCCGGCAAGUCUCGAUCUGUUACUGUUGUGCUUGCCUAUUUAAUUCACGCCAACGCGUGGACGCUCAAGACGUCGUACGCCUACGUUGCGGAGCGGCGGCACGGCAUUUCCCCCAACAUUGGUUUUGUAGCCGAACUGAUUCAGUUCGAAGAGACAGAAUUGGGAAACAAAGGCAAAGGCGGGGAAAGUGGGAGCCAGAGCCAGCUCGGCCAUGGCGAAGCCCAAGCACCGGAGGUGUCUCCCCAUCCCCAGUCGUCUGGUUCACGGUAUACUCGUGAGAGCCUGCCGCCCGAAUGGGGACGCGAGGACAAACCCUCUUCAAAUCAGUCCAUCGGCCCCCCAGUCGUUGCCGAGCCUGAGCACACACCUGAGGGUAUCUCGAAUCGGCGGCAAAAGCAGAGCGCUGCCGACAUUGAAGUUCGCAAGAAUGGACAGUGGGUGCACGGACGACGUGCACCUGUGGAUCGCACAACGCUGCAGCCGGGGCGUCGCGUGUCCAAGGCGGGACUGGAGUCGAUGAUGAUGCGUCCACUCGAGCCAUCAUCACGAAGUAAAUCGUAGCUACACGAGUAAGGAAGGGGUGAGGGAGCGGGUUGUCUCGCAGUAUGGGUUGGUAUUUGUGGUCUUCAAUAAUAUCUGUAUUGUAUAAACUGCGGCGCGAUGCGCAGUGACAUCCGUAUGUAUCGUGAGGACGUGACACUUUGUCGUCAA